UACCUAUAUAUAAGCGGUCACCGAGCAGAAGAGUGGAAAACUGCAUGAACGGUUAUCGGACCUUAUCCCUUACCGAGGCGCAUUCCUCUCAGUCAUGGCAUCACUGGUGCUGGGAGCUCAUCCCAUGGCCUCUCAAUAUCUCAACCUUUCUUCUCGGGUCUACUUUUCUCGAACAGAAGCUCUCAGUGUAUCGCUCUCCCCUCCUAUUAACGUUUCAGCUUCUCCUCAAUCAUCACACCACUUAGUGUACUGUGGUAGGGGUGACAAGAAGACUGCGAAGGGGAAGAGAUUCAAUCAUUCCUAUGGAAAUGCGAGGCCUCGGAACAAGAAGAAGGGAAGAGGUCCUCCUAGGGUUCCGAUUCCUCCUUCACCGCCUAAGAAAGAUCGUUUUGAUGACGACGAGGUUGUUAAGAUUGAGAUUGAUGAAUCUCUGUUCUAGUUUGGGAGCCAUCUGUUAUCUCUCUGUUACUGGAAAUACGCUUCUCUUGUGAUUAACUCUGCUCCCAUAAAUUGUCAAAUUACUAUUGAAAUCUUUUACAAUAUCGUGAUUUUGUGAUUUUGUGAUUUAUGCACAUGCUAUAGGAGUUUAUCUCAA